UCCUUAACAUUUUUCUUCCACCUUUCCUGUUUGUAGUUUAUGCUCACUGCAGUUUAGGGUUCCUUUGGAAUCCACUCUCUGCAUCUUUUUGCCUGUAGAUUUGAUUUGUCACAUUCCAGGUCCUCAUGGCAAGUGGUCUGUUCCCCAUUUUGAUGUUCACAGGGGCAGGUAAGUGACAUAGCUGGAGCCAGGUGUAAGCAGAAAAACUAGAUCUUGCAGUCACAUAGUACCUCUGCUCACAAGGUUCUGGAAUUUUGCAGCUCUAAGUAGUAAUGAGCUAGGAAUGUGGAAUUAAAUUCCCUGGGUCAGCAUUUAUUACAGAAGGGAAUAUGGUGAUGUUUGAGUUGAUUCUUACUUUCUGUUCCUGGAAAUAGUAUGCGUUUUCAUUAUUAAUAUUUUGGUCUGCCUUACUUUAAUUAUUUUUUUAAAUCCUCACCUGAGGACAUAUUUUAUUGAUUUUAGAGAGAGAGGAAAAGGGAGAGAGAAGGAGAAACAUCCGUCAGUUGGCUCCUGUAUGCACCCUGACUGGGGAUCAAACCCCACAGCCUUUUGGUGUACGGGAUGAUGCUCCAGUUUAGUCACCUGGCCAGGUCCCUAGGUAUCAGCAGGCAAGCCAUGGCGCCACGGCGCCGGCAACGAAGACACAAGAAACCUCCCCCACCAGCGGCCCCCACGGUUGUGACCCCUGUGCCUCUUACCCUCUCAAAACCUGGCCCUAGUAUUGAUGCACUUGGCUUCUGCUCCUUGGAUAAUAAUGUUCCUGGCCUAUCCCAGCUGAUUCUUCAAAAGCUGAACAUGAAAAGCUAUGAAGAAUACAAACAGGUGAUAGAUGGUGGCACUCCUGUAUCAGGCUUUGGAUUUCGAUGCCCUCAAGAAAUGUUCCAGAAGAUGGAGGACACCUUCCGAUUCUGUGCUUACUGCAAAGCACUUCCUGAUGCACUUUCAGACUCCAGGGUCCUCCGGCACUGCAAGAGGUGCAGAAAUGUCUAUUACUGUGGCCCAGAGUGCCAGAGGUCAGAUUGGCCAGCACACAGGAGGGUUUGUCAAGAGCUGCGUCUUGUAGCUGUGGACCGUCUCGUGGAAUGGCUUCUGGUCACAGGAGAUUUUGUCCUACCCUCAGGACCUUGGCCACAGCAGGCUGAAGUGGUACAGGACUGGGACACCUGGUUUUCUCUUCGGCAUUUACAGCUAGAUGCUACAAUGGAUGCUGUGCUAGGUAGUCGUGCCAUGGCCACCCUGUGGGCCAGUGUAGGAAGGCCAAGGCCAGACCCAGAUGUCCUCCAGGGCUCUCUGAAGCGACUCCUGACAGAUGUCCUGUCACGGCCCUUAACGCUGGGCUUUGGGCUUCGGGCCUUGGGGAUAAAUGUUAAGAAGAUGGGAGGAAGCACAGUGCAUGUAAUUGGUGCUUCCCAUGUGGAGACGUUUCUCACUUGCCCCGGGGACUACAAUGAGCUUGGUUACAUGUUUCCUGGACACCUUGGACUCCGUAUAAUAAUGGUGGGUGUAGACGUUGCUACUGGCUUUUCAGAAAGCACCUCAACUUCACCACUGGAGCCUGGCACAGUUCAGCUUAGUGGCCACAGGGGCCUCUACCAUAACUUCUGGGAGGAGCAGGUAGAGACGGGGCAGACAGCCCAUCCAGAUUUGGCGGUGGCAUUCCAUCCAGGUUUUCAUGCUUCCCCGGACUUGAUGGAGGCUUGGCUGCCCACCCUUCUGCUACUUCGUGAUUAUGAGAUUCCUGUGUUGAUUACUGUUUACAGCCAGCAGGAGUUGGCAGCCUCGUUGCAGAUUCUGGUGGACCUGGAUGCACACGUCAUUGCCUAUGGAGCCAACCCUUUCGCGUCCCUCAAACCUGAACAGGUCUACUCCAAUCCCAACAAGCAGCCUGUAUACUGCAGUGCCUACUAUAUCAUGUUUCUUGGAAGCUCCUGCCAGCUGGAUAAGAGGCAAUUGGAAGAGAAAAUAGAUGGUGGAGUUUAAAUAGCUGAGCCAGAUUCUGACUGGAUGCCUAGAAAAGUGGGGCG